CGCUUAUUCAUUUCUUCUUUUUUCGGCAUCUUUUCUCUGUGUUAUCCCAAAACCCAAAGAAAGGAGCCGCGAGAGAGGACCAGAGAGAGAGACAAAGAAAGAGAGAGAUUGAGUGAGGGAGAGAGAGAGUGUUGCUUGGUUUAAUGGGGUUCCGAGAGUAGUCUCUCUCUUCUUCACGUUUGAAGAUCGGAGUUCCGGAGAGAGGAGACGGGGCAAAAGGGAGGUUUUGCCGGAAUUUCGAUUUCUAGGAUUGAGAUCUAAAAAGGAACUUUUGGGGAUUCUUGAUUUUGUGGUUGUGAUCAGAAGUUUGUCAAAAUGGUCGGAACAGAUGAGAAUAACCCAGGUGUGGGUGUGAUCGGACCCGCAAAUAAUCAAGGAGGUUUACGUGCCGGAGUUGGGAAAUUCACCACUGGGAUCGGGCACAACCGAAGAGCUUUGAGCAGCAUUGACCGGAAUAUAAUCGGAGUUCCUCCUUACCCUUGUGCAGUAAACAAAAGGGCUUUGUCAGAAAAAGAAGCAGCCUGUGAUAAGAAACACCCACCAAUUCCGAUGCAUCGACCCAUUACUAGGAAGUUCGCUGCACAAAUGGCUAGCAACAAGCAGCAGCGAGCAGCUAUACCUGAGGAAUCAAGGAAAUUGGUCCUACAGUCAGCACCUAGUGAAUUAAAGGAUUGUGUCUUUGUUGAUGCGGAAGACUGCAAGGGAACCAGUGACUUACCUGUGCCAAUGUCUGUGCAACAUACUGAGGCAAUGCUAGAGGAAAUUGAUAGGAUGGAGGAGGAGAUCGAGAUGGAAGAUUUGGUGAAAGAGCCUGUGAUGGACAUAGACGGCUCCGAUAACAAGAAUUCACUUGCAGUUGUUGAGUACAUUGAUGAAAUAUAUGCAUACUAUAGGAAAACAGAGAGUUCUAGCUGUGUCUCACCAGAUUAUAUGUCACAGCAAUUUGACAUUAAUGACAGGAUGAGAGGCAUCCUUAUUGAUUGGCUGAUUGAGGUGCACUACAAGUUUGAACUGAUGGAUGAGACAUUAUAUCUUACUGUCAAUCUUAUUGAUAGAUUUCUGGCGCUCCAACCAGUGGUGAGGAAGAAGCUCCAGCUGGUUGGUGUCACAGCCAUGCUUCUUGCCUGCAAGUAUGAGGAAGUGACUGUUCCAAUUGUGGAGGAUCUCAUCUUGAUCUCAGACAAGGCUUACAGUAGAAAGGAAGUUCUUGACAUGGAGAAAUUAAUGGUCAAUACGUUACAAUUUAACAUGUCUGUCCCCACGCCAUAUGUGUUUAUGAGAAGGUUUCUGAAAGCUGCUCAAUCUGACAAGAAGCUUGAGCUUCUGUCAUUUUUCAUAAUUGAACUAUGCCUGGUGGAGUAUGAAAUGCUCAAGUUUUCACCUUCUUUGUUAGCGGCUGCAGCAAUCUUCACUGCUCAAUGUACUCUUAACGGGUCUAAGCAUUGGAGCAGGACUUGUGAAUGGUACACUAGAUACACAGAAGAGCAGCUCUUGGAAUGCUCAAGGUUAAUGGUUUCCUUCCAUCAGCAGGCUGGAACGGGGAAACUCACAGGGGUUCACCGAAAAUAUAGCACAUCCAAGUUUGGACAUACUGCAAAAUCUGAACCGGCUCACUUUCUUGUAGAGGAGCGACCAAGCUAAGCUAGUGAAGAAAACGACAGGAUAAUGCUAACUUUAUAUUCUGCUGUGGUGGGGGGGUGGGUGAAAUCGAGCAACAUAAGUUGCCCCUGGGAGAAUUUUAGUUUUCCAUGUCUAUCUGUGAACAUAAACACUGAUCUGAAAUAAUUCCAAAGUUCUAUCUUUAGUUUGAUGAAAAUAAUUUUGAAGUUUUUGAACUUCAUUCAUGUUUUCAUCUAAAUGAUA